AUUGUCGGCUUUGAAAUGUGUUGCAAAUCGGAAAGCCUUUCGGGUUUCGAGAGAAAUAGUAGUCGGGUGCCCCAUCGUCUCCUAUAUUGAUCUUAUUUACGUUUCCGUUUAUGUUUAUGCCCUGCUCCCCGAUUUGUUUGAUGCUCGUUGCAUGGUUCCAUUCCCUGACUUCCUGUCUCAUCCUUCUAUCGCUGUUGUAGUACCUUUAAAGUUUUUUUGUACUUCCUGUACGACCUAACAUGAUUUUCAUGUGGUAGAAGGUCAAGGUCAUUCUUCGUCGUGAAUGGUACCAGACCCUGCGUGUGAAAGUCGGGCGCACUAGGAUCGCCUCGAAGGUGCCACACUUGUUUGCAGGGCAAGUAUCAUCUUGGCACCUCGACUUCUAGUACGAUCUCUGAAAAUAGUACUCAUCCGCAGGCGGGAGAUCAAAAGCCUGGUGCGACUUCGGAACAAUAAGCGACUUGCCAAAUCGGAUCCAUCACCUGUAGUUGCAGACGCGAAGUCUCUUUUGCCAUCUAUUAGCGGAAUCCUUGUGUUCUUGACACCUGUUGUGGAUUCGCACUGACGGAGCACCGCUUUCGUUCUACUAAAGCAGUUCGAGAAACCGUUCGUCGAGUAUAGGAGACUGUCAGCGUCCGCCUCCUUCAUAGAGACAAAGUCAACCACAACUGCCCCUGGACGCUUCUCGGCGUUUGUUCAUCAACAGUGGAAGAAGCGCGCGCUCAAUCAUGCCAGCAAUAGGAGUAGAUCCGCGUAUGGCCAAGACCUUUACGGCGGGCUUUCCAGCUCGGCCGUUGGUCGAUGGGGCUGUGCCAAAUUACGACACCUUUGGGCAUCAGCACUACAAACAUCCUUUCCGGGAUAAGAGUAACUUCUACGAGGAAAGGGAAAACAACUACUGGAAGACUGUUUGCCCAUGGGGUAUAAUAUUUUCUUUUAGUUUUGAUGCGGAACUGAAGAGCCAUUUGUUGGACUACAUCUAGACUUCAUGCACUACGGGGUUAGUAGUAAAACUGUCUAUACUUCUGCAAGGUACCAACGCCACGCAUCAACUAAACCCAACUCGAACGUCUUUGAUGGAGAGUAGGAAGCAGCAGUCGGUCCCACACAUAAGUUACGAUAUAGACGGAGAUGGCGUCGUCGGAGCCAGGGACUAUUUUAUCGGAAAAAGUUUCGACAAAGAUCGGGAUGACCGACUUUCCGAAAGCGAGAGGAAGGAAGCGAUAAAGUUACGAUCAACAAGGCUCUUGUAGUUUACUAUUACUACCUAAGCGAUAAAGUUCUUACAGCGUCGCAAUAAUAGGACCUAGACCACCUUUCAUCUUUAAAGACAAACGCAACGCUUUCGUAGAAUCAACGGACUCCACGACACGACGACAACUUUCACAAGUACCACCACGACAACUUCUCACCUCACUCGUCUAAUCCUCGCCCUUAAAAACGGAUGGUUAGACCAGUUCUCGUUUGGGCAUGACCAAGCAGGUAGCAAGAGGCCCUACCCCGUGGUGCAGCGGAGGGGGAAGAUAAUGACCAUUGAUAACGGUUCAGUGAUGCAGGAAACAUUUAUGACUGCUACAUAGUCGUUGAGGAAAGGGGGUUGACGACGAGAUAGCACCUCUGGAAAUCCUCCUUUCGAACAUCAGUUUGUAGUACUACAUUAUUAUAGAGUAGUUUAUAGCACGCAUGGUGCAUGGAGUGCAUGGAGUAGCAUGGAGCGCAGAGCUUUAAGGGGCGCAAGAAGCUCCCCCUUUAGCUCCAUGCUGCUCCAUGCGAUCCAUGCACUCCAUGCCAUGCGAGCUGUGAAACCUUAUAUAUAUAUAAAUUGCUCUGUUAUUAGUUCCUUUUUUAAUAUCUAGCAGAGCCAGCCAUAAUUUUGCUCCGUGGUUUUUGAAGAUUGAUCGUGUCUCUAAUCCCCACCCAAAGCACUGGAACGCAGAGACUGUGCCGAAGCAUACGACUUUUACGGAAAUGGCCAACGAUAGGACAGCAGAGCUGAAGAUGGCGGCCAACGAUAAGAUCAAUAAGUGGUGCGAGGAGAAUCCAAGAGUACUUCUAUCUGAUAGUGUUGAUCAUUCUAGAAGAUGUCUUGGUGUUGAUCAUUCUAGAAGAUGUCUUGGUGUUGAUCAUUCUAGAGUACUAUCACAGGCUAGCGCAGGGAUGACGACAUCCCUGCGCUGCUGUUAAGUUUAUUAAGUCACUCCGGGCUGUCUCGUGUAAGUAUAAGGUCUAGACGUAGAAAACGAGACCGCCAGGCUCUGACAUACUGGCAAAGUGCAUGACUUUAAGGAAAAAGGGGAAGAAGAGGGAGGAGGGAAAUACUGCAGAGACCAGAAGGGACUACCCAGUCUUGGCGUUGAUCAUUCUAGAGCACUAUCAUGUCUUGGUGUUGAUCAUUCUAGAAGAUGAAAAUAUGCAUGGUGGUCAGUCGGGUUUUGGUUCUGCCUGUUCAUCUUGACUAGAACUUGCUAGUACUUCAAUUAUACGUCCUCUGGAGGCAAAAACUCCAACAUCUUCACCCACUGCAGCUUGUCUACGAGCAACCAGUUUCGCAAGAAUGGAGUGUCAAGGACCCGCCAAUAAAAAGAAUAAGCGAGCGAGCAGAAGCAGAGCAUCAGCAGGCGAGGGUGCGAGCCGGUCUCCAGCCAGUUGCGUCGUACUAUUCCGAUUGUUCUUUUUUUAUUUUGGGCUUCUCGUUUACUGCUCCCUCGUACUCGUUUUUUAGGUCACGCUUCCUCACAAGCGCAGGUUUGUGUAACUGUCAUUCAACAAGACACUGUACGUAGAGUCGUGUAAUUGUACGAUUCAUCAACAACCUUUCCAGGUUCGUAAACCCAGAUCGCGAGAUGCGAGCUCCUGGAUUGGAGUAUAACAAUAGUCCUGAAUUCAAGUCUAGACGAGAAUUGAUAGAGGUCAGGCGAGGCCUCCAAGUCGCGGAUCUAGAAGCAGCACGACGGCAUCAGGAAGAACAGUAUAUUCCACUUUCGGUACGAAAGUCCAAGUACGAAGCAGCCUGCACGAAAUUUAGGGCGUCGCAGCAAACGGAGAAGACCUUGACGCAAAUGUAUCUUCACAUUGAUAGAAGUUUCUUCUCGUUGUUCGUCUUUCAAGCAGUUUGCAUUUGCUGUACAGUUUUUAUAUAUAAGUAGUUUAACUUUAAAUGCUGCAUUUGCUGUACAGGUUUUAUAGGCACUUUCUCUUGAGAAGUUCUUACUUAAGUACAAUUACUAAUACUAAUGGUUGUUCCUUUAAAUCAAUGCAUUGGAUUUCCUUUCAUGAUCUAUCAUUCUGCUCCCUCCCCCAAUCUCAAGGUUAUCUCACCUUCUCUUAAGGGUAGUACAUCACUAUCCGGUGUGAGCUAUCUUGAGUGAUUAUCCUUCUCACUUAUAAUUUCUCUACCGCCUGACCAGGAAAGAGCAGCGACGGCGGGAGCGUAUCGAGUAUGAUAGGAGACAUUUCUCGGCGCCAGAGAAGGCAGAAUUCCGGUAUAGUGACCAAGACCAAUAUUGGUUCGAGACGGUUAGAAGAGCCACUAAUGUUAAGGCUUUCCCUCAUCCUUCUCGAAGAUAGGGAUCGAUCCCUCAAUGAUCGUAUCAACCCAAUAAAUGCAAGGAACAUACUUAGCCUAAGGCAUACGCUUGCGGGAUCCCUACGGGGAUGAAUGAAUUGUUUGAGCUCUAAGAACGAGGAGAAAGGGGUAUCACAAGAAGAUGCUGACCGCAUCCAAGGAAAGACCUCUGCCGACUUCGCUAGAGCUAGAAGUGUGCCGCCACCUACUUUCAAGGUCACCGAGCAAAUACCCUACGCCCACGAUACCCAUGCACCUCAUGCGGAAAACAUAGAUUUGCCGGAACAUGUCGAAGGCGGGGUAAUUCAACAUAAACACUAGUUCUUCAACACACAUUAACAUUAUUUCUUUCAACACACACACACACUUUAUAAUAUGUUUAGUCCUUCUUUUUCAGAAACAAAUUGAAGACAACAUACAUCACUCACAGUUAUGAAAUGAUAUCCCAACAGAGUAUCAAAGAACGAAAGAGUCGAUGUAGGGCGUGGCACAAUGGAGGAAAAACCAAGUGGAAGUACACGACAGACGUGAUAAAAACAGGAGGGUUGCGAAAUGCGGCUAGGCUCUUUGACUCAAUGCAACCAGAGAAACUGUACUUUGCAGUCUGAUUUUGUUUCAACUGACAGAUUCAAAUAAUCCACGACUUGGUUUUGCGGAUACAACUUCUGAGUCGUGAAUCUAGACAGCCGUUUUACGAACUACCUUAUCUGACAUCAUCAACUACAUUAACAACUUCUGAGUCGUGAAUAUCGACAGCCGUUUUACGAACUACCUUAUCUGACAUCAACAACUACAUUAUGGCGUCAACAUAUGUAUCUUUUACCCGCCAAUCAUCAGGUCUGCAGUGGACUUCAUUCCCCUGGAUACAUAUUCGUCGUUCGAAGUGAUAAGAAAAGGAGCCAUGCGCAAGCAUGCAGAGCUGAAAGCACACACGAAAGACCACGGCCUGGUACUUUGUCUCUGUUUUCUUGGUUUUUAGAGUUGACCUUGACCACACUUAUAAUUUGAUGUUUGUUACCUGCUGAAUACAACUGAGGACCGAGGCAAAAUGCAUUUGCAUUGACAUACAUUCAACUACCGCACAGAAAUCUCGACUAAGCGAGAUACCAAAGAACAAGAAGGAGAGGGGAAGUGCUGCGUCUUUGAGCGGCACAGGAGUCAACUCUCGAAGUCACGGAAGCGAACUGCCUAGUAUGGUUGUAGCCAAUGAAACACGGGUUGGCGCACCAAUGUUAUGCACUGACAUGGGGUGAAUUUUGAGUUGACUUUGUUUUUUGAUAGUUGUUCGUUGUUGUUCAUGUAGGCCUUGAGCUAGACAAACAAAGACGCAGUAUCCUAUGACACUGCUCUACACCACAGUUCUGUUUCAGUAAGCCAUUGAACGUCUCUGUCCUCAAGUCGAGAAAUCUGGACAUCUCAAAGGAGAAUCACAGCAUGAUCAGAUCUAUCAUCUGAUGUCUAUCUAUCAUGUUCAAAAAUCAUCAUGAUGUCUAUCUAUCUAUCUAUCUAUCUAUCUGAUGUCUAUCUAUCUAUCAUCUGUCUGUCUAUCAUCUGAUGUCUAUCUAGAUGCUUUUGAAAUGAUCUAUCUAUCAUCUUCAAAGAAGAAUCACAACAUGAUCAAUCUCUAACCCCCAUGGACCGCACUAGUUCCCUCUGGCGUGCCAACACCACUGGGCAUAACGUAGCCCAUUUCCGAGCUGAAGAUUUCGGCGUGCGAACAGGUGGCUUCCAGAGAUUAGAGCAGGUGGAAACGAUCAAAGGUGAACCUCUGGGCAUAACGCAGAAGGCAACACUAACUGCUACACCUUCUGGAGGCAUCUCUCGAGGGGCUAGCACAGCGACGAUGCCGUCGAGAGCGAAUGUGGUCACGAGGUGAUUGGAGCGUAUAAGGAGAGGCGAGAUGAACACAACUAAUUUGUUAAUGAACUUAGACAUGAGAUAUGUUUGUACUUUGUAGUCCACCUAAAGUAUUCUAUCAAUAGUUGGAUCCCAUUUCUAUGAUGCUGAACUACGAAACUAACAAAAAUGAAAUCCAGUGUAUUAUCACAAGUUUAGACAGAAACUAUUCUGCAAAUCGUCUCCCGAUCGUAUUUUCUCUCCGUAUUACUCGAUCAUUGAUAAUGUACUCGUUCACGCGCUAGACGUUGCUUCGCGCUUCACGUCUCAGAUACUAUUGCCUUCUAGGUUUUCAACGUUAAUGACUUCAUACACACUUCAACAUCUACUUGAUUGACAAACAUUAAUGCACCAUUCAAGUUGAGCACCUGCUUGACUCGUAGGCGACAUGAUUGCCCGCGAUAUUGCUAAUGAACAGAAGAUUAUGCGAUCUGCUUACAGCUUCAGUUUCUAUCAAAAUGCACCAGUAUCCAAAUAUUUUUCCAAAGACUUGAAGUUGAGUGCAUCCACCCAGUUACAGUAUUAACUUACAACGGAUGUUGUGCAUUCAGGGUAAGAUGUAUGUCAUAAUGAGUCAUGUGUUGACCAUAUGAGCGUGCUAUGUAUGAUUGCCUCCUAAAUUCUGCUUGAUGUUUAUAUCCUCCUUUCAUCUGUACGAAAGAUGCUUUACCUGUACCCACGAGCCCCGCUUCUACCCUGUGAACGACUUAACACACCGCCUCCUACAAGUUUGCCCAUACGCCCUGUGCAGUCAAAUCACGGACCAUGCGAACAUCAACAAGUUCACGUCGAGUGAUAUCUCUUGUUGUGUUCAGCUCGCCAGCCAAG